AUGGAAUCAAAGAACAUCACCACCACUGUGAGAGAAUUCGUCCUGUUGGGCCUGACACAGAGUCACAAGCUGCAGUAUUGUCUCUAUGUGAUCUUCUUUCUCAUCUAUGUAACAACCUGGCUACUGAACUCCACCAUCAUUGCCACUGUGGCUGUGGACCAGCAGCUCCACACCCCCAUGUACUUUCUCCUGGCCAACCUCGCUGUCCUUGACAUCAGCGAUUCCUCAGUCAAUACCCCCAAACUGCUGUCAGGCCUCCUCACCCAGCACAGCACCAUCUCAUUCAAUGAGUGUUUCCUCCAGAUGUUCUUCUUCCAUUUCAUUGCAGGUGCAAUGUCCUUUUUGCUGGUGGGGAUGACGCUGGAUCGCUACGUGGCCAUCUGUGAGCCCCUGCGCUACCUGUCCAUCAUGAGCAGGAGCACCUGCACAGCCCUGGUGGCAGCUGCAUGGUUUGCUGGAUUCCUUCAUUCUAUUAUCCAAAUUGGUUUCCUUCUGCAGCUGCCAUUCUGUGGCCCAAAUGUACUGGACAGUUUCUACUGUGACCUCCCUCAGAUCAUCAGACUGGCCUGCACUGACACUCGCAUGGCUGAGCUGCAGAUGGUGCUUAAUAGUGGAGGGAUCCUCAUCACCCUUUUUGUAAUCUUGAUUAUUUCUUACAUUGUCAUCUUGCUGAAGAUAAGGACACGCAUCACAGAAGGGAACCGAAAAGCUCUGUCUACCUGUGGGACACAGAUAACUGUUGUGAGCUUAAUAUUCAUCCCCUGCAUCUUCACCUAUGCUCAGCCUUACAAGAAAUACCCUAGGGACAAGUUGUUCUCCAUUAUUUACACUGUGGUCACUCCAAUGCUAAACCCCAUGAUCUACACACUGAGAAACACUGAGAUGAAAAAUGCCAUCAGGAGAACACUGGGGAAAAUAUUUCUGUCUGCAGGAAUACAGAAACCAGGCCAGACAGUAGUUCCAAAAACACAAAAUCUGAUGUUUCCAUGA